UUACUGCACCACGUGAGAAUCAGCAGCAGCUCAUGAAGGAGAGGAAUUAAACAACAUUUAAAAAUUCUUUUGCAAGCUUUUGCUCCUGAGCUUGAUAACAUUACAGCGCAGCAACAAUAUGGUGAGGAAGCUGAAAGGCUCCGACGAACACCUGAGUGUGGAAAGAGCAGGAGGAGGAGGAGGAGGAGGAGGAGGCCAGGAGGUGCUGGGAUAUUCAUCCUCUGGUCGGACCCGUAGCUUCUCCCUGCUCCCUCACUUAACCCCGUCGUCAUCCCCGGCUUCCCAGAGGCACCUGGGCCACGCGGCCACACCUGGCAACAUCGUCACCAUCACACACCACAAAUCUCCGGCUGCAGCUCGGCGGGCUAAGAGUCAGUACCCAGGUCGCCUGCUGGAGGUCAAGGAGGUGAUGUCCCAAGCAGAGGGCCAACAAAAGAACCUGGUCCAGUCCAUUGACUCUCUACCCACCAAAGGCCCCCUCUCCUGUCUGGACCAGGACCUGCUGCUGCUCAAAGCCACGUCCGCUGCCACACUCAGCUGCCUGGGCGAGUGCCUGAACAUCCUCCAACACACGCAGAGCCACGGCCAGGCGCCGCAUCACUCUCAGGCCUCCCAACGUAACCACGCUGCCCACGGAGCCCCCUCCGGUGAGUCUGCCCAGGGCUCCGUUCCAUUGCUGUUACUGGAGCCCCCGACUCCUUCAUCUCCCCCAUCCCCUUUGUCUUUCCAGCCCCCUCCUCCAGAUCCCAGCAUCAGUGGCAAGGGCCAGCUGGGGCAGCUAGACUGUGGUUCUUGUGCCGGCCUGAUGGGUACCAUGAACUUAAGUCUGUGUAGUAAAUGUUGUUGAAUGUCGAAUGUCAAACUGCUUUUUUUUUUGUUGUUGUUUUUUUACAUUGCUCCAUUCACACUCUCUGUCAUACAUAGUUUGUUGUUAUUAGUGCCGUUCUGUGUUGUCUCUCUCCCGUGUUGUCGUUGAAAUGCCAUCAGUUCCUCAAAUGAAGGUGCCAAGUACAAUCAUGAACGUCAACUUCUUCGUCAGUGUUGUUAACAGGAUCGCUAAUGACAUUUCCAAGUGUCUCCCUAAACAUGCAUGUCAGAAAAAAAUCAGGGUGACUAUGUGUGAAAGAGUAAAUCUAAAAAUAUUUACUGAUACUAUGCAUUUUUCAAUCGCCUUAAACGUUGAAGUGUUUGCCAAAGGAAUCCACACUGGUGCCUAAAAUGUCAGACCUCUCUGCCAUGUUUAACCUCUCUGUGCCAGAUCAAGAUGGAUCCAAUAAAGUUGUUUCUAUUUAAACCA